CUUGCUCUUUCCAUCUCUCUAUACUCCUAUUACACCACUUGUUCCUUGCCAACGACUCGUGUCCUCCGAAAUCAUCUAUUUGGCAUUUAGUUCAAUCGAUUGAUCUGAAAUCGAAUGAAAAAUGAGAGGCUAUCCGGUUUAUGCGAUGGGGCCGACUGAUGAGCCGGUAUGGUCUCGAAACGAACAAAGUUUGUCUCGUGGAGUGUCUCAUCAAACGAUGGUUCAACCAAUUAGCAGUGCCUAUCCAACGUCUUAUUCUCAUUCUCAAGCAUAUCCAUCUCAAACUACUGUGAUCCAUUCCACUACUAAACCUGUUGCCGAUGCUGAUAUUUAUAGAGUUGGAAUCUAUGGAUGGAGAAAACGAUUUCUGUACACAUUCAUUUUGAUCCUUGCCAUCGGAAUUGUGCUCAAUUUAUCCUUGACAUUCUGGAUAAUGUCUGUGUUAGACUUUUCACCAGACGGAAUAGGUACUUUGAAAAUUGAAGAUGAUGGUAUUCGGGUUGAAGGAAGAGCUCAAUUCGAUAGACCUGUACAUUUCUCACAGCUGAGCACACUUGAUGAAGAAACGCUAACAGUUGACUCAUUCCGAGGUGUCAAUCUUCAAGCUCGAAAACCAAAUGGCGAUGUUGCCUCGAAAUUUUCAUUAAUGCCUGAAGGAAAAGCUCAAAUGACUUGUGAUCGGUUUGAGGUGUUCGAUGAGGAUCAGAAGUUGCUCUUCUUUGCAGAUUCGGACGAAAUUGGGCUGAAGCUCGAAAAUUUGAGAAUUUUGGAAGAUGGAGGUAGUGUGUUCGAAGGAGCUAUUCAAACAUCAUCAGUUCGUCCUCAACCAGAUUCUCCACUUCGCUUAGAAUCUCCCACUCGGAGUGUUUCAGUAGAUGCUGCUCAAGAUAUUGAAAUCCUCGCAGCAGCCGGAGAAGUUUCGGUGAACUCACUACUAGAUAUUUCUAUUUCUUCAAAACAGGGAGAAAUUCGUCUCGAAUCAUCCUCGAUUUAUAUGGAAAAAUUAGCCCGAUCCGAUGGAAGAGGAAGUCCACAAACUCAAGUUUGUGUCUGUCAUAAUGGACGACUAUUCCUUGCUGCUCCAAAUGCAGACUGCAGAGCUGAUCGUGAUAUUUGCUCCAAUUAAUAAAUUGUAUAAACCUACUUUCAAUAAAUUAUCACAACUAUUGAAAAGAAUAUAUGAAAAAUCGUU